AUGAAAGACAGAGGCAAGCACUCCCUCAAGCUCAUGAACCUUUCACCUAAUACAACAGCUUUUGACUUGAGACACAUAUAUCAGAAAUUACAGGCAAAGACAUGUUACAUCCCUCAUCUCAUGUUAUACAAACCCAGAAAAUAUGCUGUCAUCAGUUUUGAAGAUGAAGAAACCCUCCACACAGCCCUGGAACAACAAUUCAGUCUAAGGGAGACCAUUAUUGAAACCAAAACCAUCCAAACUAAACUUUGUACUAUUUGCGACAGCUCUCAACAUCUCAUCGCCAACUCACUACCAAGGAACAUAGGAACAAUAAAAAGAAUACAAUUACGAGCAAGCAGAGAGAUUUGGAAAACUAUACAAUCAUUUCAAACCAGCUGGCUUUUUCAAAAUUGUAAACUCACACAACCCAUAACUGGAAAAAUCUCCAAUCACUCUGAAGUAAUAGAAGAGUAUAAUAAUCAGGAAACGACACACAUAGAAUCAGACCUUCAAUGUCUAGCAAACAUAGAGGAUAUUCAACAUCAACAACAGCAGCUUCAUAAUUCGAUUGGUAACAUGGAUAGAACUAUAAAUGCCUUAAUAUUCACCAUUGCAAACAUCCUCCCAACUAUAAACAAAUAUAUCCAAAAGUUCAAAGAAAAACAAAAGAAUCGUAGAAAAAGGCCAGUCACAUCUAAACCAUUCCUCUUAUUACAACUAAAUGAAUACAGAAGACAGUUGGUCCUCCAUGAGAAAAAGUCAGACAAAUACUGCCCAAGUAGAAGCAAUAAACUUCACAAAGCUAUCUCCACCAAAAUUUCACUGCCAGUAUGGAUUCCUGAUUAUAACACCCUGGAUAUUAUAUCUGAAAUAGACACAUUCAUAAAGAUUGAAAGACUUGCCAUAAAGAAAUCAAUCAAAGAAAAAACCACAACUGACAUAAAAAAGUGGAAAGAACUUCACAACACUUGGUUCAACCAAGACAAAAAACAAAUAAUUAGUUCCAUAUUCGGCCAACCCAAGAAAAAUAUUGUCACUAGCAAAUUGAUUAACAACGUAUCCACCGAAAAGUAUCUCAUCACUAACCCACUAGAGAUUAAAGAAAAAGUUCGGUCACAUUUCAAAGAAUGGACUAAACAGCAUCAGCUGCACAAAUAUAGAGGAACUAUAUGGUAA